AUGGCCUUAACAUUCACCACCUUCGACGUCUUCACCAAGACGCCCUUCCGCGGCAACCCCCUCGGCAUCAUCAACGUGCCAGCCGACACGCAACUCACCCAGGACCAGAAACAGCUCAUCGCGCGCGAGUUAAACCUCUCCGAGACGGUAUUCCUGCACGAGCAGACCCCCGCUGAUGUCGGCGCCCGCACCGCCCGCAUCGACAUCUUCACUCCGCUCGCCGAGAUCCCCUUCGCCGGCCAUCCCACCAUCGGCACUGCAAACUACCUCCUGCACCACCACCAACGUCUCGGCGGCAACAACUCCGCCCCCGAGAUCCUGUCAACCCGCGCCGGCCCCGUGCCCUUCAAAGCGGCCCCCGACGGAGUGGGGGCCCAGGUCGCCGUCGCGCAUAACUUCCACAUCCACCACAGCCAGCCGUUCGCCGGGUCUGAUUAUAGCAAGCACCCCGUCGUCAGCAUCGUCAACGGCAUGACGGCCAUCAUGGCGCAGCUCCCAAACCUAGCCGCCCUGGGGAAACAGACGGCGAAUCUAGUCGGCGGGGAGAACACGUUUGCGGCGGCGGCCACGCUGGACGAGGGAUGGCGCAAUGGGCCGGUCGUUACGUAUUUCUACGUCGACCUAGGGCGCGCGGCAGACGGGACGCGGAAGCUGCGGACGCGCAAUCUCGGGAGUCGCGAGGAUCCGGCGACGGGGUCGUCUGCUGCGGGGCUGUGCUCGAUGUUGAGUUUGUUGGACGCGGAGGAGGCGACAGGGUCGACGACGCGGACGCGGACGUUUGAAAUCACGCAGGGCGUGGAGAUGGGGCGGCCGAGCGAGAUACGGGUUCGCGUGACGGUGGAUGCUGCGGGGACUGGGAUCGAGGAGGUUUUGAUUUCUGGGGACGCGGUUAAGAUUCUGGAGGGGACGGUGCCUAUACCGUCUCCUGAGACCAAAGUUAAGCCUGAGUAA